AUGGCUCGCUCAUAUUGGCUUUGCGUGCUGGCUGGGGUCUGCUCAAUCCUUCCUCUCAGUCAAGCUCAGGAUUGUUGGCGAAAUACGACUUGCUCUGGACCCACAGAAGUUGCAUUCGAGGGAACUUGGAAUGACAAUAUCUACGCACCAUCUUCACGAACAGUUCAACCAGUCUCAACCCUCUCGGACUUGAAGACCGAUGCCACGACAAAUGAGAAGAAACCUACUGGAGCAACAUUCCAUGGCAAUGGAUCCCUCGUGGUCUUUGACUUUGGUCUAGAAGUGGGCGGCAUUCUUCAUUUCGAUUAUACCUCCACUGGGAGCGGUGCGUUGGGGAUAGCCUUCUCGGAAGCAAAGAACUGGAUCGGCGAAUGGUCUGACAGUUCCAACGCUGAUUACCACGAUGGAGCUCUAUACGCGAAUUUCACGUCCGCUGGCACGUACUCCUAUAGUAUGCCUGAUCCAAGGCUUCGUGGUGGAUUCCGAUACUUGACUCUUUUCUUGAUCACCAGUGACUCAGCAAGUGUGACGGUGGAAGACAUCAGUGUUGAAUUGGCAUUCCAGCCAACAUGGGAAAACCUGCGGGCAUAUCAAGGAUAUUUUCACUCCAGUGAUGAGCUUCUCAACCGCAUCUGGUAUACCGGGGCCUAUACUCUUCAGACAAACCAGGUCCCAGUAGAUACUGGACGAAUCACCUCUGGUGUCACAACUGGAUGGCUCAAUAAUGGAACUUUGGGACCUGGCAAUACGAUCAUUGUGGAUGGCGCGAAACGAGACCGUGCUGUCUGGCCAGGAGAUAUGGGUAUUGCGGUUCCGUCCACGUUAGACAAAACAACUGGUGCUUUUGACGAAUCGGGCCCUCCACUCAGCCAGACUGGAUCGGAUACCUACCACAUGUGGACAAUGAUUGGCACAUAUAACUACGUUCUAUACACCAACGAUACAGACUUUCUGACAGAGAACUGGGAUGGCUACACCCUUGCCAUGACAUACAUCUACGACAAGGUGACCUAUCCUAGUGGACUGUUGAAUGUCACAGGAAUCCGUGAUUGGGCUCGCUGGCAGCAAGGAUAUAAUAACUCUGAGGCUCAGAUGAUUCUAUACCACACAUUGAACACCGGCGCUGAUCUCGCUUCGUGGGUUGGAGACACGACUGGUCUUUCCACCACAUAUGAUGCACGAGCAGCGAAACUUAAGACAGCGAUCAACACUUACUGCUGGGAUGAUUCAUACGGUGCCUUCAAGGAUAAUGCGACCGAUACCACACUCCACCCACAAGACGCUAACAGCAUGGCUGUCAUGUUUGGUGUCGUGGACUCGGAGAGAGCACAGAGUAUUUCUGACAAAUUGACUCUAAACUGGACACCCAUUGGGCCCGACUCGCCAGAACUUCCAGACAACGUUGUUACCUUUAUCACAUCCUUCGAAAUCCAAAGCCAUUUCCUGGUGAAGAGACCCGAACGUGCCUUGGAUCUGAUUCGUCGCACCUGGGGCUGGUACAUCAACAACGAGAAUGGCACAGAGAGCACUGUCAUUGAAGGAUAUCUCAUCAAUGGAACUUUCGGGUACCGAUCAAGUCGUGGAUAUGGAUAUGACCCGUCUUAUGUCUCUCACUCCCAUGGCUGGGCAUCUGGUCCCACAUCCUCCCUGACAAACUAUAUUGUUGGACUUUCCAUCACAUCUCAACUGGGUUCGAAGUGGGAUCUUUCUCCCCAGUUCGGUGAUCUCACAUUCGCAGAGGCGGGCUUUGUGACUGAUCUCGGUAAGUUCUCGGCAUCUUGGACAAAGUUGAAAAAUGAAUACGUAGUGGAAUUCUCGGUCCCUAAGGGAACCACUGGGGAUAUCACACUACCAUAUAUCACAUCAUCGAAGAAGCCAUCCAUUAAGGUCGAUGGGGCUUCAGUCAAGGGAGCGGUGAGUUAUGCCAAUGAUGUUGCAUCAUUCAGUUUGACUGGGGGAGGUUCUCAUAAGAUUGUUGUGCAAUGA